CAGUGUAUUCAAGAGAGUGGCUACCCAGCAAAGAAGAAGCUAUUUGAAUAGAGAGCUCAAAAGGGGUGGCUAUGGCAGCUUCAGGGAUUCGAAUUAUGCUACUGCUUGCAGCUUGCUUGUUUCCACUAUCUGUGGAAGCUAUGGUUCGCCACUACAAGUUCAAUGUGGUGCUGAAGAAUGCCACAAGAUUGUGCUCAACCAAGCCCAUUGUCACCAUAAAUGGAAAGUUCCCAGGUCCUACAAUUUAUGCUAGGGAAGAUGACACUGUUCUUGUUAAGGUGGUCAACCAUGUCAAAUACAAUGUUAGCAUCCAUUGGCAUGGAAUCAGACAAUUGAGAACAGGUUGGGCUGAUGGGCCAGCAUACAUUACCCAGUGCCCAAUUCAACCAGGCCAAAAUUAUGUGUACAACUUUACCCUUACGGGCCAAAGAGGUACAUUAUGGUGGCAUGCACAUAUCCUCUGGCUCAGGGCCACUCUCCAUGGCGCCUUGGUCAUAUUACCCAAGCUUGGAGUUCUUUACCCUUUUCCCAAACCAAAUAUGGAACAGGUUAUCAUAUUGAGUGAAUGGUGGAAAUCAGACACUGAAGCUAUUAUAAAUGAAGCUUUAAAAUCUGGUUUGGCUCCUAAUGUCUCGGAUGCUCACACAAUUAAUGGCCAUCCAGGAUCUGUUCAAGGUUGUGCUUCACAAGGAGGAUUUAAAUUCCAAGUUCAACAAGGAAACACCUACUUGCUAAGAAUCAUCAAUGCUGCCCUCAAUGAAGAACUCUUCUUUAGGAUUGCUGGCCAUGAACUCACUGUUGUUGAGGUUGAUGCAACCUACACAAAACCUUUUAAAACUGAUACCAUAGUCAUAGCACCUGGCCAAACCACAAAUGUACUUCUAACAACCAACCAUGCAAGCGGCAAAUACUUGAUUGCAGCCUCUCCUUUCAUGGAUGCUCCUAUUGCAGUUGACAACAAAACUGCCACUGCUACAUUACAUUAUUCAGGCACCCUUGGCUCCACCAUCACUACCCUCACUUCUAUGCCUCCUAAAAAUGCUACUCCACUUGCCACAAGUUUCACUGACUCUCUUAGAAGCUUAAACUCCAAAAAGUACCCUGCUAGAGUUCCAUUAAAAAUUGACCAUAACUUACUUUUCACUGUUAGCCUUGGUAUCAGUCCUUGUGCUACUUGUGUGAAUAAUAGUAGGGUGGUUGCAGAUAUCAACAAUGUUACCUUUGUGAUGCCGAAUAUCUCUCUUCUUCAAGCACAUUUCUUCAACAUUAAGGGUGUUUUCACUGAUGAUUUUCCUGGGAAUCCUCCUAUGGUCUAUAACUUCACAGGGCCACAACCAUCAAAUUUAAAUACCAUGAAAGGGACAAGGGUCUAUAGACUUACUUACAAUUCUACAGUUCAAUUAGUUUUGCAAGAUACUGGAAUGAUAACACCUGAGAAUCAUCCUAUUCAUCUUCAUGGUUUCAAUUUCUUUGUAGUUGGCAAGGGUCAAGGGAAUUUUGAAUCCACAAAGGACCCAAAAAAAUUUAACCUUAUCGAUCCUGUGGAGAGAAACACAGUUGGUGUUCCAGCUGGAGGGUGGACUGCUAUUAGAUUCAGGGCUGACAAUCCAGGGGUUUGGUUUAUGCAUUGCCACUUAGAAAUUCAUACCACAUGGGGAUUGAAGAUGGCAUUUGUAGUGGACAAUGGUAAAGGACCAAAUGAAUCUCUAUUACCACCUCCAAGUGACCUCCCAAAGUGUUGAGAAUACUGCACAGUAACAUUCUAAGCUCAGUGAGGAAGAGAAAACAUUAAAAAAGGAAAAAAAAAAACCAUAUAUGGCAAAGGGAGGAACAACAAUCAAGGCUAAUAACAAGAUUUUCUUGGAGUAAAGAAAGGAGAAGAUGCCGAGAGUGAAAUAAGACCAAAUGAUCAUUUUCCAUGUCUUCAACAUUUUUCCUUUUCAUUAUUUUUUUAACAUUGUUUGUAUUCUUAUCUUUCUCCUUCUUGAAUGAUAUUUUUGGCUUUAAUUAUGUAUAAAAAUGUUAAUUGGAAUUUUAAGGAUUUUUAAGC